GAAAAUGGUUGAAUUUCAGUUCUUCUUCUUCCUCCUCCUCUGAGAUCCACGCGAGAGAUCGGAGUCGCCAUCGCUCGUCUCUGCUCCAGAAAAAAAAUGCUUCAGAUCUCUCCUCCUCCUCCAUCACCGCCGAAUUGAUCGCUCUUCUCUCCUCCCGAAGCACAGUUGCAGUCAUUCGCCGCAUCGGAAUUCCCGGGAAUCGGAGCGCCGAAGAUGUACAUGGCGUACGGAUGGCCGCAGGUGAUCCCCCUGGAGCAAGGCCUGUGCCCGUCUUCCCAGAGGGUCAUCUACUUCAAGGUCAUCAAUCGCCUCCUGCUCGUCGUCUCCCCGUCUCACCUCGAGCUCUGGAGCUCUUCCCAGCAUAGGGUGAGGUUGGGGAAGUACAAGAGGGAUGCGGAUUCGUUGCGGAGGGAGGGGGAGAAUUCGCAGGCCGUGUGGAGCCCUGAUGCCAAAUUGAUUGCCGUUGUGACGACUUCACUCUAUCUUCAUUUAUUUAAGGUUCACUUUUCUGAGAAAAGAGUACAGAUUGGAGGGAAGCAGCCGUCUGGUUUGUAUUUUGCGACUAUUUCUCUUCUCCUCAGCGAGCAGGUUCCCUUUGGAGACAUGAAUUUAUCUGUGAGCAAUAUUGUAAGUGAUAACAGGCAUAUGCUGCUUGGACUCUCUGACGGAUCCUUGUAUGGCAUUUCUUGGAAGGGAGAGUUUUGUGGGGCUGUUGGACUUGACCAUCCCAUACGAAAUGAGAGUGAUAAAGUUACUGACUUACCACAUCCUGUAAGUAAUGGAAUUGCUGCCAUAGUGAAUCCAGGAGCUCCGAUAUCACAACAGAAUUCUAUAAAAAGGCCUGCAAUUGUUCAGUUGGAGCUUUGCUUUCCAGUGAGGCUGCUCUUUGUGUUAUAUUCCAAUGGACAACUGAUGUUAUGUUCGGUGAGUAAGAAAGGACUAAAGCAGGUUGAGUCUAUUAGAGCUGAAAAGCAUGUUGGAUCUGGUGAUGCUGUAUGUACAUCAGUAGCUUCAGAGCAACAAAUCCUUGCAGUUGGGACCAGAAGAGGGGUCGUGGAGCUAUAUGACCUUGCUGACUCUGCAUCACUUAUUCGUGCCGUGUCUCUGUUUGACUGGGGGUAUUCUGUGGAAGACACUGGUCCCGUCACCUGCAUUGCUUGGACCCCAGAUAAUUCUGCCUUUGCUGUUGGAUGGAAGCAUAGAGGACUUACAGUCUGGUCUGUUUCGGGGUGUCGAUUAAUGUCGACGAUACGUCAGAUUGGUUUAAGUUCUGUGUCUUCUCCUAUGAUGAAGCCGAAUCAGGAUAGUCGGUUUGAACCGUUGGUCAGUGGUGUCUCGUUGAUGCAGUGGGAUGAAUUCGGAUACAGGCUAUAUGCUAUUGAGGAGGGUUCCUCCGAGAGAGUUCUUGCCUUUUCCUUUGGGAAAUGUUGUCUAAAUAGAGGUGUGUCUGGUAUGACAUAUGUGCGCCAAGUGAUUUACGGCGAGGAUCGGUUGCUUGUCGUGCAGUCUGAAGACACAAAUGAACUUAAAAUGCUGCAUCUUAAUCUUCCAGUUUCGUAUCUCUCCCAAAAUUGGCCCGUUCAACAUGUGGCAGCUAGCAAAGAUGGAAUGUACUUAGCAGUUGCUGGCCUUCACGGGUUAAUUCUCUAUGAUAUACGAUUGAAGAAAUGGCGGGUGUUUGGUGACAUUUCUCAGGAACAGAAGAUACAAUGCAAAGGUUUGCUAUGGCUGGGAAAGAUUGUUGUUGUGUGCAACUAUGACGAUUCUUCUAACACGUAUGAGUUGCUUUUCUACCCAAGAUAUCACCUUGAUCAGAGUUCGCUACUUUGUCGGAAGUCGCUGCUUACCAAACCAAUGGUUAUGGAUGUAUAUGAGAAUUAUAUCCUAGUCACUUAUCGUCCAUUUGAUGUUCACAUCUUCCAUGUAAAAUUAUCCGGAGAAUUGACACCAUCUAGUACCCCAGAUUUGCAGCUUUCUACAGUACGAGAACUCUCCAUCAUGACUGCAAAGAGCCAUCCUGCAGCAAUGCGUUUCAUCCCUGACCAGCUUCCCAGAGAAUGUGCGUCGACUGAUCAUCUCUCUUCAUCCUCAGAUGGUUUGGUUAGGGAACCUUCCAGAUGUUUGAUAUUGAGAGCAAAUGGAGAGCUUUCAUUACUUGAUUUGGACGAUGGACGUGAAAGGGAGCUUACUGACUCUGUUGAGUUAUUUUGGGUGACCUGUGGUCAAUCCGAGGAGACAACUAAUUUGAUAGAAGAAGUGUCCUGGUUGGAUUAUGGUCAUCGAGGAAUGCAGGUCUGGUAUCCAUCUCCAGGUGUAGAAUCUUUUAAGCAGGAAGAUUUCUUGCAGUUGGAUCCAGAGCUCGAGUUUGAUCGAGAGGUGUACCCACUUGGGCUCCUACCAAAUGCGGGGGUUGUGGUUGGUGUUUCUCAGCGAAUGUCUUUUUCAGCAUGUACGGAAUUCCCAUGUUUUGAACCUUCUCCUCAAGCGCAGACUAUAUUGCAUUGUCUACUUCGCCACCUCCUUCAGAGGAACAAAAGUCAGGAAGCUUUGAGGCUUGCAGAAUUAUCAGCAGAGAAGCCUCAUUUUUGUCACUGUCUGGAAUGGCUUCUUUUUACUGUCUUUGAUGCAGAGAUUUCCAGGCAAAACAUAAACAAGCACCGGAAUAAUGGCCUCAAAAGUGCGACCAGUUUCACUCUUCUGGAGAAGACCUGUGAUUUGAUAAGAAACUUUCCUGAGUAUUUUGAUGUGGUUGUCAGUGUUGCUAGAAAAACUGAUGGUCGUCAUUGGGCUGAUCUGUUUUCUGCCGCUGGAAGAUCAACAGAGUUAUUUGAGGAAUGUUUCCAAAGAAGAUGGUACAGGACAGCAGCUUGCUACAUACUGGUUAUAGCAAAGCUUGAAGGUCCUGCUGUCAGUCAGUAUAGUGCCCUGCGUUUAUUGCAGGCGACACUUGAUGAAUCUUUGUAUGAACUCGCAGGAGAGCUGGUGAGGUUCUUGCUGAGAUCUGGAAGGGAGUACGAACAGGCAUCUUCUGAUUCAGACAGAUUAUCGCCUCGAUUCUUAGGGUAUUUUUUAUUUCGUUCUAGUUACAAGAGGCAGUCCACAGACUACAGAAGCCCUUCGUUCAAAGAGCAAAGUGCUCAUGUCACUUCAGUCAAGAACAUUCUAGAAAACCAUGCUAGUUAUUUGAUGUCGGGGAAGGAACUUUCGAAACUUGUUGCUUUUGUGAAAGGCACACAGUUCGAUUUGGUGGAGUAUCUCCAACGAGAGAAAGAUGGUUCCGCUCGCUUGGAGAGUUUUGCCUCGGGGCUUGAACUAAUUGGUCAAAAGCUUCAGAUGAGUACGCUGCAAAGCAGGUUGGAUGCAGAGUUUCUGUUGGCUCAUAUGUGCUCUGUCAAGUUCAAGGAGUGGAUAGUUGUUCUUGCUACUCUUUUAAGGCGGUCUGAGGUACUGUUUGAUCUUUUUCGGCAUGACUUGCGCUUGUGGAGGGCUUACAGCGUCACUCUACAGUCAUACCCUGCAUUCUUUGAGUACCAUGAUCUUGUGGAGGCCUUGGAAGAGAAACUCGCAGCAUAUGCCAAUUCCGAAGAGAAAUACUGAUGAUUAUUGAAAUAUUUUCAACUGGGUGAUUCCUCUAUCGGGCAUUCAACCAGGCAUUCAUCCAACUAAAGUGAAGGGCAAAGUCAAUACCAAACGACGCGCGGCGGAGGAAGUUUGUACAAUAACAAGAGGAUUAGUCUUAUAGGAAGUGUGUGUUGAUAAGGAGCCUACAAUUUUGUUGAGGGCAGCUCUUGAAAUAAUCUUUUUAGUCUUUCUAGGUAUUCUUUUCUCUAUUCAUCUUUUAGGUAAUAUGGUAAAUGUGCACAUAACAUAAUGCCAAGUCUCGUGCAACGCGGAAUAUUAGUGUCUUUUACUUAUCUUUU